AUGAAAUAUAAAAUUAGAUUAUUAAUAUUUUAUGUUUUUUCUUUAUUUUGUUUUGUUAAUUGUCAAACAAAAUAUAAUAUUAUAAAUGCCAAUCCAUCAGAAAUAAAUUUAUAUCCUUCACCAAUUUCUCAAUCUUCUUGUAGUUUUAAAAUUAUAUUAUUGGUUGUAAAUGUCCUUGAUCAAACAGGACCACCACCUUCUAUUACAAUUAAUAUUGAUGAAAAUAAUCAAAUAGAAUCAAAACCAAUUAAUCAAAAUGAAACAUCUGCUUUAUAUUUUGAGAUUUUCUCAAGAAUGGAUGGUUCUUAUCCAAUUAAUGUAACAAUACCAAAUGAUUCAAAUUCUUUAUUAAUUAAUUUUACAUGUGAUUAUGCUGAUGUUUCAAAACUAUCAGUAAGUUUUAUUGAUGAAUUAUCAUUUAAUGAAGUUUCAUUAUUUUCAACAGUUUUCAAAAUUAAUGGAUUACUUCGUCCAUUAUCAUUUGAAAAUAGUGAUCCAUCAUUUUCAAUCGUUCAAUUACCAAAUACAGAUUUGUACAGAAUUCAAUUUUCUCAUAGUUUUAUUAUUUUACAAACAACAUCAAAUUGGUUAGUUGAAACACCUUUUAUGAAUGGUCAAACCUUUUCAUUCUAUGUAACAUAUAAAAAUGGGAUAUCACCAACAAUUAAUUUAGAAGAAAUUAUAGAUUUAACAUUUUAUCCAGACCAAUCAGCAGUAGUAACAAUGCCUGUUGCUUAUAGCCAGAUUAUAAAAUUUAAACUUAUAACCAAUUUAACUACCACCACCAAUCAACCAUAUUUUAAUUUAUAUAAUAAUGGAUUUAAUUUAGCUGUUAGACCAAUUUUAGGUAGUUUAGGUAACAUAACUUACAUUUCAUCUUGUUACUAUUCUUCAAGUACUAAACAACAUUCAUUAUAUCAUCAAAAUGGUCAACCAAGUUUUAUUGGUGAUAUUCAAUUUGAUACAACUCAAUCUUAUGAUACGGGAUCAACUGUUCAAGUUAGAGUUGAGCCAGUUAUAAUGGAUAAUAAUAAAACUAUAACAUUUUAUACUGGUAAUCUUUUAAAUCGUUUAAAAUAUGAUUUUAAACCAAUAACUUAUUCAUCUAAUUCAGAUUAUGAUACAUUUAGUGAUGGAUUUCCAUUUGGAUUUAUUAAUGGUAAUAAUUUAAAUUAUAAUUUAACAUAUUCAAUUAAAACAUUUAAAGAUUUAUAUCCAUCAAUAGAUAUUCAUGUUAGUACACUAUCUGGUAGUUCAUCAAGAUCUAUUAUCCCAUUUAAUCAACUCGCUUUUAAUCAAAGUGAAUUACCAAAUGUAGUUGAUAUACAAUCAAUUUAUUUAGGUGAGUUUAAAUUUUUAAUUCAAUUUAAAAUUAAAGUUAAUGGUUUAUAUCCAAUAAAUACAAUUAAAAUUAAUAUAAAUGAACCAUCAAGCCAAGAAAUACAAACAUUAGUUUUAAAACCAAUAAAUAUAAUUUCUGGUUCUUUAUUUGACGGCAUUUGGGAAACAAUUCAUGAUGGUGUUAAAUAUGGAAAAGGAAAUUUAAAUAAUCCACUUCAAAUUUUUUCAUUCUCUGGUAUGUCAAAAAUUUUAAAUAUCCAAGAUCCAUUUUCAAUUGAAUCGCCAACAAAAACUUUUGAAUUACCAUUUAUAAAAUUAAAUAAUAAUCAAAAUAAUAUUUUAAAGGAUUUAGUUAAUGUUACAUUUUUAUAUGAUACAAUUGAUGUUACAAAUCAAGUUGGUUCAAAUAUUUUAUAUUUCAAUUUUACAAAUUCUGAUAAUUAUAAGAAUUUACCAAUUGCAUUUAGUUUAAUUGAUGCAAAAACUUUAAGUGAUAAUAAUUUCGAUUUAUCUUUAAAUUCAGAUAAUGAUAAAUUAUCUGAUAAUUGGGUAUUUGCUGAAUGGGUAAAUAAUAGAUUUCAAGUUAAAUUUAAAAUACCUUCAAAUACAAUGCCUGGUAUUAUAAAUUAUUUUUUAGUAUUUACAAAGGAAAUUAAAGUAUUUAGUUCAUCAUUACCACAAUCUUCUCAAUUAAAUAUAGUUUCAAAUAAUAUUGAUAUAUAUGGUCCAAUAUUUAGUAAAAUUAUAAAGAAUCCACCAAAUUUAGAAUCAGAUUCAUUAGGUUGGUUAAUAACUAUUGAAGAUAGUAUUAAUGGAUUUAGAGAUGGUUAUAUUACAGUUAGAGGUGUAGUAGAUUCUUCACUUUAUAAUUUUACAAUUGAUCCAACAAAAUCAAUUAGUGGAGAUAAAUGGAGUGGUGACUAUGAAAUCUAUAUUAAAGAGAAUCAGGUACGAUGCGUUCCACAAUCAUAUGAAAUUGUAGAGGUUGUAUUAUUUGAUACUUUUAAUAAUAAAGCAUCAUAUAUUAAAUUUACAGAGAAUAAUUUAGAGAAUACAAAAUUCAAUCCAUUUAUAAAUUAUUUAAAUGAUAUUACCAUUGUAACAGUAUCACCACCAAGUUUAAUUUGUAAUAGUGCUGUUGAUUAUACAGCACCAAUAAUAACAUCAUUUACAAGUAGUGUUGAAAGUUUAGAUGUCGGUUCAUUGAAUGGUAGAAGUGUGACAUUUGAAUUUGAAUGUCAAGAUAAUGAAAGUGGUAUUAGAUUAAACCAAUUCCCGAUUAUUUAUUUAACUACAUUGAAUUUAGAAAUUCAUAAAUGUAUUUCAACAAAUUCAACACCAUUUCAAACAAAUACAAAAUUCACAUGUACAACCACUGUAUCACUUGGAUUUGGGUUCCCUUCAGAGAUUAUUAUUUCAGUUUAUGGGUUAAUUAAUAAUGGUGGUUAUUAUGGAGGUUAUUCAACUCUAUCAUUAAAAGAAUUAGGAUUUGAUUAUUACAUUAAAACUAUUACUCAAUUUACAGAGGAUCAACCAAUUAUUCAAUCAACUAAUACUAUUACAAACCAAGGUGGUAAAUUAAUGAUUUAUGGUAGAAAAUUAAAUUGUGAUGGUUCAGGUUCAGUAAAUGUACUUUUAAAAUAUUUAGAUGAUGGUUUAGAUAACUUCAUUUCAUUUACACCAAAAACAAUAUAUGAUAGUUUUAUUUUAAUUGAAAAUAUUAGACCAACAAAUCAAUCAUUUAUAAUUAAAAUUUCAAAUUCAUUAAUUGAAUCAAAUGAAUUUAAAGUUACACCAAUUUUAUUUUAUUUUAAUAUUCCAAUUGAACCAACCAAUUCACCAACUGAAACACCUACACCUACAACAACAACAACACCAACACCAACACCAACCACUUCAUUAUUACCAACAGUUAGUCCAAUACCAACUAAUCCACCACAAAAAUGUCAAGGUAAUCCAGAAUGUGGUGGACCAAAUCAAGGUACUUGUAAAGAUGGUGGAUGUGUUUGUUUUUCACCAUUCAUCGGUUUAACUUGUACUUCACAAGUGAUAGUUGUUCCACCACCAACUAUUAACACUACUGAUCCUUCAACUGAAGUUACAAUACCACCACCAAAUAAUGAAAAUAUUAUAUUUAAAUCAUUAAUAUCACUAGUAUCAUUAAGAGAAUUAGAUUUUAAUGGAAAAGAAAUUCAAGUAUUCAAUUUUGAAAAAUGGAUUUAUACACCACUUGGUAAUAAUAAAUAUUUAUAUGAAACAUCAAUUUCAAAUGAAAUAACUACAAAUAUCAUUACAACAAUAGAAUGGUUUAAUAGUAGUGAAAUUAUUGAAUUUGCAAAUCAAAAACUUGAAAUGAAUCCAUCAUCAGUUAAAUACACUAUUGAAAUUAGUAAAUACUCAUUUAAAUCAUCAUUAAAUACAUUACAAUUAGUAAUGUCUGCUAAAUUAACUAGUAAUACUCAAGAUGAUGAUAUUUGUUCAUCAAAGCAAUUUGGUAAUACAACCAAUGGUGAUGAUUCAAAUUUCUUAAAGAUUCAAGUUGAUAAUUAUUCAGUAUAUGGUAGAUUUAUUAAACGUGCUAUUAUAGAUGAAAAAGUACAAUCAAUUGAAAAUUUACAAUUAGAUCAAUCAAUGAAUCCAAUCUCAAAAUCAUAUUCAACUCAAAGUUUUAUUGGUAUUACAAUUCCACAAUAUUUAAAUUCUCUUAUAAUCGAUCCUGAUUUUUCAAUAUUAGUCGAUCAAAAAGCUGCAUCAACUAAUUCUGAAAAUUCAAUUUGUUCAAAUAAUAAUAAUUCCUCUUCUUUAUCAGGUGGUCAAAUCGCUGGUAUUGUUAUUGGUAGUGUUGCUUUCUUAGCUGUUUUAAUCACUUGUGUCAUUUAUUAUUUUCAUAAAAAAAAAGAGAGUCUAUUAUUAAAAAAAUCUUUCAAUUUGAAAAAUAAUUAA